AUGAAUACUGUCCGCACUCUCAUGUCAGUCGCAACCAAUUAUGACUGGCCACUAUUUCAAAUGGACGUGAGAAAUGCCUUUCUCCAAGGGGAUCUCGAAGAAGAAGUUUACAUGGACUUGCCACCUGGUUUACCUAUGCCGAGAGAGAGUGGUCUGAUCUGCGGGUUAAAAAAGGCGAUUUACGGCUUGAAGCAGUCACCAAGGGCCUGGUACGGAAGUGAUCUAAGUGGCAUAGAAACCCUGAAACAUCACCUGAGUCUUGAAUUCGAUGUUAAGGGCUUAGGUAAUCUAAAAUACUUUCUGGGUAUUGAAAUUGCUCACUCUCACAAAGGUUUGUUUCUUUCUCAAAGAAAAUAUGCUUUGGACCUACUUAGAGAAACAGGAAGAGGCAUUUUAAUGAGAAAACAUGGUCAUGUUAAUAUAGUGGGUUAUACUAAUGCUGACUGGGCCGGAAGUCUGCUUGACAGAAAGUCCACUACAGGCUUCUACAAGUUUGUAAGAGGAAAUGCAGUUACUUGGAAAAGUAACAAGCAGUAG